AUGACGAACACCAACAGUAAAGUCUACUUUAGCCACUGGAUCCAGGUGCACCAGCUCAAACUGAUCAACGUUGAUUAUCUCAUGGCCCUUAUGCUUCGGGGAGCAGCAAUGCAGUGCUGUCCAACCCAAGGGGCCAUCGACGGCAUCAUUCCUUUUUUAUUACAGGGAUACUCUAUCGUCGAAGAUAAUAUCGGGGUCAUCGUGUGGCAGUGCAAGAACGACUCACAUUACACGGCUAAUCCCAAGCCAGACAUGUUCGACGCCAUGGACCCCUACGAGCUCGGCAUCUUCGACCUGUCUUCAGUCCCCAUUCCCAUCAUUCGUAUUUUCUUUGCUCUUGCCGCAAAGACACCAUGUGUGAAGUAUGUCACUGCAAAGAAGAGCAUACAGAACAAGAAGUACACGGCAUACGAUUUCUGGGUUGCCGGCCUCUCUCCCACCGUCUUUUUGCCUGUGAAGCAAACUAAUUGGCAUGUGUGGGCUGCGCUCCUGCAAGCGUCAUAUGGGUGGCAGGAAAUAUAUGAGGAGCAGCGGUUACAUAAAGAACUGUGGCAGUCACAGAUACCCGCAGCUGCAGAUGACCCAGCGCAUUGGGCGCGUUGGGUGUGA